CACUGCAGGUGAGACUGCAGCCGAUCGGCAAGCCUCAUUAUCUCAACUCGACUGACUGGACUGCUGCUGGUGAUGAGCUCUGAUUUUCUUACAGUCAGUGUAUGAACGCUGGACGUGCAGCAGCUUUGGACAAACAGACCAGGACAACUUGUGGAACACACACACACUCCUAGAUGGAGAUUGAAAGCAUGGUAGCAAAUAGUGCUCUUAUCAAAGCCAGAGAAGGUGGAGGGAGUAAAGGCCGAAGCUGGAAGUGGAAAGAGAUGCUUCGCUUUCCUCAGAUCAGUCAGUGUGUGGACCUGGCCAUGAACAUAGAGCGAGACUACUUCAGUCUGUGUGUGAAGCAGCCGAUCGGCAAGAAGCUGUUCCAGCUCUUCUGUCGGAGUCGACCUGACCUGCAGAACUACACGUCCCUGCUGGACGCUUUGGAGGCCUUUGAGACGAAGUCGGACGAGGAAAGGAGAGAUUUUGGCAUCAGCAUCAUUCAGAGGUUCCUCAUGAGUCAGUCCAGUCAGUGUGUGUCCACCCUGCUGAAGCAUGCAGAGAGCUGCAUCAGGAGCCUGGAGCUCGAUCCCUGUGGGGACGUCUUUCAUGACUGCAGGGAAGACCUACAUAAGCACCUCUAUGGAGAGCCCUUCAUCCAGUACCAGGACAGCAUGUUUUUCGACCGUUUCCUGCAGUGGAAGACGUUGGAGAGGCAGCCCAUAACGAAGCAGAUGUUCAGACAGUACAGACUGCUGGGGAAAGGCGGCUUUGGAGAGGUGUGGGCCUGUCAGGUGCGAGCCACAGGGAUGAUGUACGCCUGCAAGAAGCUGGAGAAGACUCAUGUGAAGAAGAGGAGAGGAGAAGCUAUGGCGCUCAACGAGAAGCAGAUCCUGGAAGGGCUGGACAGCCGGUUUGUGGUGAAUCUGGCGUACGCAUACGAGACCAAACACUCCCUCUGCAUGGUGCUGACCAUGAUGAGCGGCGGGGACUUGAGGUAUCACAUAUAUAACAUGGGACUGCCCGGCCUGGAUAGAGACCGGGUGCGGUUCUACGCUGCAGAGGUCUGCUGCGGUUUGACUCAUCUCCACCAGAUGUCGAUAUUAUAUCGGGAUCUGAAACCAGAGAACAUUCUGCUGGAUGACAGCGGACACAUCCGCAUCUCAGACCUGGGCCUGGCGGUGAGGCUGUCUGAGGGGAACCCGGUGCGAGGCAGGGUGGGCACGCUGGGCUACAUGGCUCCCGAGGUGAUCGGCUACAGACGCUACGGGAUCAGCGCUGACUGGUGGGGCCUCGGCUGCCUGGUUUACGAAAUGACCGCAGGGCAGCCGCCGUUCCGGGCCCGAGGAGAACGUCCCAAAGCCUCAGAGAUGGAGAGAAGGAUUGAGACAGAACAAGAGGAAUACAGCGACAAGUUCAGCAGAGAGGUGAAAGACCUCUGUUCUUCGCUGCUGACCAAAGACCCAGAACAGAGGCUGGGCUGCCAGAUCUCGGGAGGCAGAAAGGUGCAGUCACAUCCUUUCUUCCAACAAAUCAACUUCAGGAUGCUGGAGGCAGGACUUGUUGAGCCUCCAUUUAAACCAGAUCCCAGGCUGGUGUACUGCAGCGAUGUGCAGGACAUCGAUGAGUUCUCCACGGUGAAGGGGGUCACUCUGGACCACACGGACGACUACUUCUACAACCAGUUCAACACGGGCAGCGUUCCAAUCACCUGGCAGAACGAGGUGAUAGAGACGGGGUGUUUCAGGGAGCUGAAUAUUUUUGGACCUGAGGGAUCUCGGUCUCCAGACCUGGACUGGUCCCAGACGCCCGACAGCCCCAAACGCAGCCUGCUGGACCGGAUCUUCCGCAGACAUCAUCCUGCAGACGCGGCGGACGAGAGCCGGCAGAGUUUGGUGUCCAAUGAGACGUUCAUGAAGUCGGGGCUGGUCAGCACUGCCCUCUGAGGACGGCCGGCGCACACGGACGCUUUAAAGACACUGAAACACUGCUGCCGUCCAACCUUCCAUUCUGUGUGACGGCCUUUCACUCGCAGCGGAUCUCAAUUAGCACUUGUUUCCUCACAGAUAAGUCAACUGUUCUGUCGGCCACACUCGCCAACAUUCAUCUCCAUCUGUUUUUAACAAAGUACGUUCAUAGCUUUUUGUUGAGUACUUGAAUUUUGAUACAAAUAACAUGACAGUACUUCAUGACUUUAAAACUAGUUUCAUCAGUUAAACUGUUUCAGCUGAAAUGAUACGAACAAAUGAACUUGUGUAAAAAUCAGAGGAUGACAGUAACAGUAAUAUUUACAUUGAGGUCCUCUAAACUACAAAAUACUGUACAUUAAAAAUGUUUUGUUCUUAUGAAGCUGAACAUCUUCACCUGUUUGGGGCGUCUGAAACAAUCUGAGAUGAAACACAAACCAUCUGCUCACAACUCAACUCAGUUGUUCCACAAAAUUAAUCAAGCUGAUCGAUCAAUCGCUCAUUCUCAAGCAAAAAAACGACAAAAUGUGCUGCUUUAAAUCCAGUUCAACUGUAUCAGAGAAGCAUUUUUUUAUUUAACCCAGAGUAUAAAACAGUAAAUAAGUGACACACAAUGAAAAACAAAUAAAAUUCGCCAAAAGACUGAACACAGUAAAGAGGGCAGAACCAACUCUAGUCUACAGGAGGACUGUGUGACCUGUUGAAGUGCGUCCGCUUAGCUUCAACAUGACGCCUCGCUACAGCAUAACGAUAACUUCAAAAUAUAAAUAUUUUAAAGCAGAGCACCAAAAACAAGUUGAUUCAGGUGUCGCAUGUUCAGUGUGGAAUGUCAGCUGGUGGCACGCUAACGCACGCUGAUACGCAGCCAUCCAUUAUUAACUCUGUCAUCACUUUUACAAGAAAUCCGUUUUAACUUCCUGUUUUAGCUGCAGCUGCUGUGGACUGCAGCGUGUGGCGCUUUGACUUCACUGUCUGAGGGUGGGAAACACUGGGGGGGGGGGUAUGUGUGUGUAUGUGAUGAAUGAAUGCAUGAAAGCCGUGUUCAUCCUUCCCACGGAGGGCUGCGUCGUCCGUCCACGUCCGUCUCCACGUGGUACAGCAUGUCGGCCAGCGUGUGCUCGAUCACGGCUCCCCAGCCCAUGUCGCUCAUCUGAGAGGGGGAAAAAAAAAAAAAAAAAAAAAACAACCAGAGGAUCAAACGUCAGCUCAAUGGACGUUACGGCGCGAAAGACAUGAACCUUUCCAGGAGCUCUCACCGGCUGGUACUUGAGGUCCUUCGGAGGAUGUUUGAAAUGAGGCCCAAAAUUCACGGACACCUGCAAAGAGAGAGGAGUUCAGCAAACGGGAAAGAAGAAAACGGAGGAAAGCGGCGAAAUCAGCGAACAGCGGAACUGACCGUGCAGCUCUUGUAGAGCGAGAUGGCGGGAAAGUAGAGGCCUUCAAACAGGUUUUCAUAGGCAACACCUUGGCUCACUCCGUUUUUGAAGAAUAUCAUCUGGAAAACAGGAUCCAGGAGUUAACAGCAGCAAACAGCGUGUGGUUCUUUAACGUCAUUCUGGAGAGGCGUUCUCACCCUGCUGGGGGUCAUCGACUUCAGGCUUUUCUCUGCUUUGUCCACGUAGUCCUUCUCCUCAAAGUACAGGUAGCUCUUGAACUUGAUUAGCGCCUGAACAGAGCAGAUUUAAGCUAUCAGAAUGGCAGAAUGCGUUCGCUCAGUGCGUUCUCCACGUGUCUCAGGUCUUACCUUGUCUUUGUAGGUAUCAGGCAGAGCCUUAGCCGUCUCUGUGCCGUCUGGCAGCUCUAUGAAGAAGCCCAGCGUGUCUCCCUGACCGUAGCCUGAGGAAUAAUGCUUUCCUAUCGACUGGUGGAACUUCGUGCCCUUCUUGCUGCGCCACGAGUAGCUGAACUUGUCGUAACCCAGAGGAGCCUGCAGGUUGCCUGUAGCAGAAAGAGGGAAAAAUAAUUCAACAUUUGAAGAAUUGUUCUAUUAAAAUGUUCCCACUGCCUCCAUGAGGAGAAGUCUCAGUACUGCAUGGAAACAUUUGGAAUAUAAUGGAAGUUUUCAGCUCGAAAAGGUCAGAUCUGUGUGGAGGAUGAGGAGCCUUAACCUUCCUCACAGUAACACCUCAAACUAACAAAUGUUUGAUUUCCAUCAUGUUUUAAGCACCGCUGAGCUUUGACUGGAGCUCUUUGUUACAUCGCCUAAUUGUGUCCUCGUCUUCUGCAGUGAUAUGAUGAAACCUCACUGGAGCAUUGGCGCCACCUACUGCCAGUUUUCAGAUUUGUUUAAAAGUUGAGCUACAUUUGGAAGGAAACCUUGUUUGUUGGCUUGUGUUUGUGCGUAAAUUAUCCUUUAGGAUGAAUCAGUUUUCAGGUAGCCUCCGUGUUUAGUUAUUAUUAAAAAACCUGAUGUAUGAAAACUGAUUUCUGUCUCCUGCAACUAAAACUUGUCAUGCAGCACAGACUCAGAGCAGAGUGUGAGUCCAGUUUUUAACUUACUGUUUGAUCAGAUAUUUAAAUGGCUGCUUGUGUUACCACAACAUAAAACACUCAAGAGGAAAUUUGACAAAUUAUGUGCAGAAACUCAGGAGUUGUACUGGCACCAGUAUCAUAAACGUACCUGCUGCACGAUGUAUAAAUACAGUAAUACUUGUCUACUGUCACAUAUUGAAAU